AGUGACAAAAAAAUAUUUAAAAAUUGUAGUAAGGUCAACAAAGGAUUUGUGAACUAGCUGGAAACUAAAUGUGGACCAAUGAGGGUCGACACUAAUUCACUGCGCAUGGAGAAAAAUUUUACUAUUUGGAUCUUGUGUAUCUUUUACGUUUUUUAAUAUUUAUUGAUUCACAAAAUGAUUCGAAUAAUUACUUAAAAUUAUUGAAAAUUAAAUUGACAAGCGUGUGUCACUCAAGUUGCCAAAUGAUGAGUGAAAAUAACAAAAAUAUAAUGACAAGUUAGGAAAUAUUUAAUAUUUAAUUGUUGAUAAAUAUAAAUUGAAUCUAUUGGAAUAAUUGUAAAAGUAAGUACAAGUUUUAAAAAUGGAUUCUGCUACAGAAACAGAACAAAUAGAAAAAUUGGAAAAAGAAGCUGAAAGUUUAAAAAUUCGACUUGAAGAUGAGAGAAAAAAAUUAAAUGACGUCACACUGUUAGAUGUUGCUGAUAGAUUAGAACCAAUGAACUGUAUAAACAUAAAGCCCCGAAGAAUUCUGAAGGGUCAUCAAGCAAAAGUGUUAUGCUCAGACUGGUCUCCAGAUAAAAGACACAUAGUAUCUUCAUCUCAAGAUGGUAAGAUGAUAAUAUGGGACGCUUUUACGACUAAUAAAGAGCAUGCUGUUACAAUGCCGACGACUUGGGUGAUGGCCUGUGCUUAUGCCCCAAGUGGUGCUUUGGUAGCUUGCGGAGGUCUCGACAACAAAGUAACAGUCUAUCCUCUGAGCUUGGAAGACGACGUGAGCACUAAAAAAAAGACUGUAGGCACCCAUACGUCCUACAUGUCUUGCUGUGUGUUCCCGAAUAGUGAUCAGCAGAUUUUAACUGGAAGCGGUGACAGUACUUGUGCACUCUGGGACGUUGAGAGUGGCCAGCUGCUCCAAAAUUUUCAUGGACACUCGGGCGAUGUGAUGUCUAUCGACCUGGCGCCCAGUGAGACUGGCAACACUUUCGUGUCCGGGAGCUGCGACAAAAUGGUCCUGAUCUGGGACAUGAGAAGCGGCCAGUGUGUCCAAAGCUUUGAAGGCCACGAGUCUGAUGUCAACUCGGUAAGAUUUCACCCUGGUGGUGAUGCUGUUGCUACGGGAUCAGAUGACGCUACUUGCCGGCUGUUUGAUCUAAGGGCUGACAAAGAAGUUGCUGUUUAUGCCAAAGAAAGUAUUAUUUUUGGAGCCAAUUCUGUUGACUUGAGUGUCAGCGGGCGGCUCCUCUUUGCUGGGUACAAUGAUUAUACUGUCAACAUCUGGGACACUUUGAAAUGUCAACGAGUGGCUUUACUUUACGGUCAUGAAAAUCGGGUUUCUUGUCUUCGGGUUUCGCCUGAUGGAACUGCUUUGUCUACUGGCAGCUGGGAUGCCACUCUUCGUGUUUGGGCUUAAAUAUAUUUUUGUUAUUAUUAUUUAUUUUAUUCACUGAUUAUUGUUGAUCACCUGUGUGAUAAAAAGUACCAAUGUGCAUUUAAAUAAGUUCUAGAUAUUAUACGUUACACGUGUGUAGUAUAUUUAAUGUUGAUUAUCGUAUAGUAUGUAUAAAAAAUUAGAUUAAAGUUAUCAGUCACUUAAA